UACUGACACCUUUGGCUCACACAGCUGGAUGGAGUUGUGAGUUUCUGGCGUCAUGUAGGUAUGUGACGUCAGACAGGAACCAGUGGAAGCUUGAGAAUUCAAGAUGGCGUCUUACACCGAAGCAGGAAAGAGAUUUUUGUAUAAAUAAAACUCAUUCGGAAAAUAGUUUAAAUUGGAGAGCCAAGUCGACAAGACGUCUGGAUUUUGAAAGAAGAAGACGGAGCAGAUACAGUCACUCUAAAUGGCUGCAAGGAAGUCUGGCUCAGAUGCAUACAACAAUGGACCCAUCAGCUACCUCGAUGAUGUUCCCUUCAAGAUCAGUGAAAAGUUUCGCUGCCCAGCCAAAGUGGGAUUGCCGGUCGGUUUUUGUCUGCCAGACUGUAGCUCUUUGCUGAACACACAGUAUGACUUUUCUCUGGAGAGGCGUAGUGUGCGCUGGGGGGAUGAACUGGCUGAGGCCAGAGCAGCAGAGACCAGAGCAGAAGAGGCAGCAGCAAAGCAGGAGGUAGAGAGCAAGAAGCGUCUGGCUCAGGCCCCAGACACUGAUGGUGGUGGGGGGAAGAAAUCCCAACCUGCUGCAGAGGACCAAGACCCUCUGCCACCAGCGUUGAACCCUGUCCUGGCGGGGCUGAGCCAUAACGCCAUCCUCACCCCACUGCCUGCUCCAAGCCUUGGCCCUAGGAAAACCCAGCCUAGCACCCCUCAGCCUCACAGCCUCAACCUAGCAGACUUUGAGCGGGAAGAGGACCCCUUUGACAAGCUGGAGCUCAAAACUUUGGACGAUAGGGAAGAGCUGAGGAGCAUCCUCCAGAGCCAGCCCCAACCUCAGCCUCCUCCCUCUGUUUCCCCACCAGAGGUCACCCAGAUAGGGUCAGCAUCACGUGGAAGCAGCCCAUCUCCUCCCAACACCAGCCUCCCAGCCAAACCCGGGUUUACCCACAAACCCAACGGCUUAGUUGCGUUGCUGGAAAUGGACAGAAUUGCGCAUCCUGCAAGAGUGGGGUUAGAUCCAAAUGACCGACCAUGUAAUAUUCGCUCUCUGACUUUUCCAAAGCUCUCUGAUUCUGGUGACCCAGAGCCAGUGAGGCACAGCCCCCUCCCUGCACCCAUCCCUGCUCCUCAGCACAAGCUACCCAAUGGCAGUCCGCCGACCAUACCCAAGACCCAAGUUAUUGUUGCCCCUCAGUCACCCAGUCACACAAAGAGUGGCUCACCAAAACCGACCAACCUAGGGUCAGGCUCUGCUGGUCUGCCGUGUGGUGGAGCCCUGCUCAGCAUGACCCCCAGUGAGCGUCGGUGUGUGGAAUCCUUGGUGGGCAUGGGCUACUCUUAUGAGGGCGUUCUACGGGCCAUGCAGAGACAUGGACAGAAUAUGGAUCAGGUACUGGAUUAUCUUAUUUUAUCUGGACGUCUUUGUGAGCGGGGCUUUGAUGCAAGUGCAGUGGAGGAAUGUUUAGAGAUGUACCAGUGCUCAGAGGAGAAGGCCUUGCAAUUCCUUGAACUCAUGUCAAGAUUUGGUGAAAUGGGAUUUGAGCGAGAUGCCAUCAAAGAGGUGCUGCUGGUUCACAACAAUGAUCAGGACAAGGCUCUAGAGGACCUGAUGGCUCGUUCUGCAGCUAGCUGAGCCAAGCUAACCAGCCAACCAAAGCCCAGCCAAGGGCUUGCCUCCCUCUGCCACCCAUUACAGUCCCUUUCCUUUUUCCUCCUUUUUCACACCAUGCCCUGCCCUUGCUUUGUCUGUGGAACGGACAUCUGGGAGAUGCUUGUAUUUCUCUCUCUGCUAAAACCUGUUCUUGAAGACUGUGUGCCUAGAGUGGAAGAAGUCAAACUCCUGGCAUUAGGUUUCAGAAACUGAUACUGCUAGGUUAUUCAAGAAUGGCUGAGCUGGAAAGGAAAAAUUGGAACAACUGGUUGUAAUGCCGUUCUGAUUUGCUUCCACUUGGAAGUCUUUAUUUGACUGCAGAAAAAGCUGCAGGAGGAAAUGAGGAGCUGGUGUCUGUGAGUUCAUCACAAAAAGACCAGUUUGGACUCUUGAAAAAUAACUAAGCCGCCAUCUUCCACUGCUCAGCGCAGGCCUAGUGGAUGGUGGAGAGAAUAGGGGACCUUGAGGAGUCCUCUUCAGACUGAACUAAUUAACAUAAAAAA